AUGGCAAACAGAGCUCAAAUCCGAACUAACAACUCUGCACUCAUUUCCAUGAUUGCCGAUGAAGACACGAUAGUUGGACUUUUGAUGGCCGGAGUGGGUAAUGUUGACUUGCGGAGGAAGACCAAUUACCUCAUUGUGGACUCCAAAACAACUGUUAAACAAGUUGAAGAUGCAUUUAAAGAGUUCACGACAAGAGAGGAUAUAGCCAUAGUGUUGAUAAGUCAAUAUGUUGCAAACAUGAUAAGAUUUUUGGUUGAUAGCUACAACAAGCCAGUUCCAGCAAUUUUGGAGAUUCCUUCAAAAGACCAUCCUUACGAUCCAACACAAGAUUCAGUUCUUUCAAGAGUGAAGUAUCUCUUUUCUUCUGAAUCAGUGGCAUCUGGAAGGCGUUAA